AUGGUUAAUGACUUAAUAAACUCUCAAAGUCAGAUAGAAAAUAUGAAAAAAUGCUGUUUUUGUCAAGCCUCUAAUAUUGAUAAUAAGAAGCAGAUUUGUCCUAAUUGUCAAAAUAAAUCAUCUAUAAUUAAUUCAUGA